AUGGUGUGGCUGCUGCUCCUGGCUGCCCUCGCGCUGGUGGCGUUGGGGUGGUGCAGCAGCCACCACUGGCAGGGGUGGUUCCACCGGUGGCGGGUGGGGCGCUACUACGCCACCACCCACCUGCGCACCCACCAACUUCGUCGAGACCACAAGCCCAGUACUCGAACGAGUACCACCCCGCCCUACCGGGUGGGCCAUAUCGUGCGGUGCGACUACCGGGACUCGGCCUCUGCGCCGCCCGCCCGCAGCGGCAGCCUCCGCAUCGUCUCGUGGAACAUUGAGUUUGGGUGCAGCUACAAGCUGGCCGAGGUGGUGACGGAGCUGCGGAGGCUCGACGCCGAUGUUGUGCUCCUGCAGGAGGUGGACUGGUGCCACGCACCCGAUGACGCCCCGACGCCCUUCACCCACGACGCCUUCCACGAGAUCGCCUCUGCGCUCGGCCUCGCAGGCAUCUGGGCUCCGCACUACGCCUACCAAGGGGAGGGGCAUCGGGGCGCGUGGGGCAAUGCCAUCCUGACGAGGUUCGCCAUCGAGCACGAGCACGACCGCUUUGUGCCCCUCCGCCACCUCUUUGACUACGACCGCGUGCACCUCGAGGUGUGCUGCGGGAUCUCAGUGCGCGUGCGCCAAUUUGAGCGGGUCGUCAGGCACCUUCAGAGCUACGAGCUCGGAGACGAAGACCGGGUGGUGAUCGGCGGCGAUCUGAACACAUUCGGGCACGGCCUACUCCGCCUGUCCCCGUUCCACUGUAACGACGCCUAUCGCUUCCGCUCCCUCUUCUACGAGGAGGCCCAGUGGUGGGAGGAGAGGGUGCUGCCGGCGCUGUUGAAGGGCCGGGGCACGGCGCUGGCGCGACUCGCUGACCCGUUCGAGAAGAGCGCGCAGCACACCCUGGCGGGCGGACCCAUGGGCGUGUUCGCGGGCAAGCUCGAUUGGCUCUUCCUCGACCCCGCCGCCCUGCCCGUGCUACGCACCGCCGUCGGCACCGGCACCCAGUCGGACCACGCCUGGAUCUCUGUCGACGUCAGCAUCCCUCUUAAGCUCUGA